GCUCGCCAACCGCGCGGUCAACGAAGACUGGCUGAGCUGAGCGGGCGCUUUCUCUUUUAUUUUUCUCCAUUGACGACGCUGCGUGCGCGUCGCAUCUCUCCCCCAAGAAACGGCAACAACAAUAAGAACUGCGCGGUGCAUAAAUAAAACAAACGAAAAUAUAUAUUUGUUAGCCGGGGAUUUAUGCAAAAUACACAAAAAUAAAUAAGACAAGAAAAGCAAACUAGUGAUGAGAGGCAAAAGUUAUAACAGUACUUAAGUCGCGGCACAAGAACGUAAACACAAAAUCGUGUGUGUAAAUUCCAUGGGAAAAAAGCUAAGGAAGGAAGAGGAAGCAGCAGCAGUACAAGAACAACAACAUGAGGACGCCGACGUCGACGCAGACAGCGACUGCGACGCCGGCAGCGGUAGCGGCAAGACAAUUCGAAUAUCUUUGGAUGCUGUUAGACUAACGGUGCUUUAGUGGUUGUUCUACAUAACCGCGUCUAUGUGUGUACGUGUUUGUGUGUGUGUAAAGCGGAAAAGCAGCAAAAACUGAAUGUGCAACCGAAGCAGCAAAGCAGCGGUAAAUAAAAGCCAUAAAAUAUUGCAAAAAGCAGCGAAUCGGUGAAAAGCGUUAACCGAAGCCAGGAAAAAAAGAAACAAACAGCCAAAACAACAAACAUCAAAAGUUGCCAACUUUUUUCUCUUGCGACCGCAGCAUCCGAAGAAGCAGCGGCGUCAGCAGCGACGCCCGACUGCAGCCAGCGUCGCGCUGGCAACAACAAAUUGCGAUGCCUGGACUUGUGGUCUUCAGACGUCGCUGGUCUGUGGGCUCUGAUGAUCUCGUGGUGCCGGGCGCAUUUCUCCUGACGAUUCAUUUUAUAUGUUUUGUGAUUGUUAGCGUCUCGUUGGUUAUCUUUGAGUAUAAUACACGAAUUUUAAGCGUAAAAUUAUUGUUCUAUCAUCUAAUAGGCUACUUGUUGAUACUAUUUUUUUCAAUAUGUGUAGAAAUAGGUAUAUGUGUGAUCUCGAUGCGUGGCAGUAUUCUGGAUGCCGAGGCGCGCACCUCAAUCAAUAUCUGGAUAUAUCUCAAGAGCCUGGUUAUACUGUUCGAUAUUGCCUGGCUGGCGGUGGGAUCCGUUUGGCUGGGGCAUUACUACACCACUGCACCCAUCGAUGAUCCCAAAAAGGUCUACAUAGCAAUUAUCAUCUGCAAUUGGGCUCUGGUGGUGAUCACCCUCAUCACGAUAUGGUGCACCUUCGAUGCUGCCGGCAGAUCCUGGGUAAAGAUGAAGAAGUACCAGCGAUCAAUGCGCGAGACAGAGUCGCGGUUUAACUACAAGCGGAGCAACAGUAUGAACCGCAACUGGCGGCAAAGGAAAGUAAUGCGAGCGUACCAGGAUAGUUGGGAUCAUCGCUGCCGCCUGCUUUUCUGCUGCAUGGGCUCCUCGGAGCGCAACCGGAACUCGUUCACGGACAUCGCCCGUCUGCUGAGCGACUUCUUCCGGGAGCUGGACGUGGUGCCGUCGGAUGUGGUGGCCGGAUUAGUUCUGCUCCGCAAGUUCCAGCGUCUCGAACGCGAGGCCAUUGUGAGGCAGCGCAAAAAUGGCACCUACGAGUUCCUCAGCGGCGUACCGAUCACGGAGCGAACCCAGUUCCUAGCACUCAACGAUGCCAAAAACUAUGACUUCUUUCAAACGGUCAUCCACUAUAUGUACUUUGCCCAGGGAGCCUACGGCUGGCCCAUGUACGUCAUCAUCAAUCGCAGCAAGAUGUGGCAUCUGGUGCCGGAACUGAAAUGCUUUGGCUGCUGUUGCGGUACAAGUGAUGAUACAGAGGUUAUCCAGGACAACUGCUGCCUGUGCAACUAUGCAGCGCUGAAGAAGACGCUCCAGCUGGGCGACAUCGAUAUCGUUUAUGCCACCUAUCACGUGGACGUGGGCGAGACGCCCUUCUUUGUGGCCAUCGACUACACACAUCGUUCGGUUGUGAUCAGCAUACGUGGUACCCUUAGCAUGAAGGACAUCCUUACUGAUCUGAAUGCCGAGGGCGAAGUUCUGCCGCUGCAGCCGCCGCGUGACGAUUGGCUGGGCCACAAGGGUAUGGUGCAAGCGGCGAUCUACAUACGCAACAAGCUGCAGGAGGAGAACCUCAUCGAGAGGGCACUCCAGCGGAAUCCGGACCGUCAGACGCACACCUUUGACCUGGUGCUGGUGGGCCAUUCGCUGGGCGCCGGCACAGCGGCCAUACUCGCCAUUCUCCUUAAGCCCGAGCAUCCCACGCUCCAGUGCUUCAGUUACUCUCCGCCAGGAGGUCUGCUCAGUAUGCCCGCCGUGGAGUACUCAAAGUCGUUCAUCACCUCGGUGGUGCUGGGCAAGGAUGUAGUGCCGCGCAUCGGUCUCAAUCAAAUGGAGGCCCUGCGAGCGGACCUUAUCAAUGCCAUUCAGCGCAGCGUGGAUCCCAAGUGGAAGACCAUUUCCUGCUCGGUCAUCUGCUGUGGCUGUGGACCCGAGCCCACUUCUGUGGUCAACAUGUCCGGCCAGGACACGCACAUCAAUCAGUACCAGGAGGAGCGUGGCACUGCCCGUUCGACCAGCGCUCAUCCGACGGACAGCUCGAUAGCUUUAACUCUGCACCAGCCCUUAUAUCCGCCCGGUCGCAUCAUUCACAUAGUGCGACAUCAUCCCAAGCCCGACGAGCAAAAAUACGACAGUGGUUGGAGAAAUGUUCUGAAAAAUCGGGAGCCCGUAUAUCAGGCAAUCUGGGCCGAUUCCACGGACUUCGAUGAGGUGCUCAUCUCGCCGGUGAUGCUGCAGGAUCACAUGCCCGACAAGGUUCUCGCCGCCCUCAAGAAGGUUGUAACAACGAGUGGGCCACGCAAGCCGCAGCGCCAGACCUCGAAUGCAUUCUCCACCGGAUCAAACGAAGCAGCGCACGAUAUGGACCUCGAACCGCCGCAUUGUAGCGGCCACAGUGUGCCGACGGAUGCCAUGAGAUUCGAGCCGCGAACGGAUCCCGACCAGAUGCAGAACUCGAUAACGCAGUCGCAACACUGCAAGCGACCCUCGCAAAGUUCCUACACGAACCUGAGCAACUGCCUCGUCCUGACGCCGACCGCCCAGCACAAGCUUUGUUUGGAGACGUCCUUCACCAACGGAUCGACACCACACCAGCCAAAUCAGCGGCUCACGUCGGCGGCCUCAUCGCUCCUGAGCUCGGCAACCACGCCGUAUGACAUAUCAAGUGCUCUGGACGACAGCCUGGCCACAGUGGCGCUGCGGCAGAGCCCCUCGCUGAUCAGCGCUGAGACGACGGCCACGGUGAUUGUUAAUCCGGAUCCGGAUGCUGAGGAGAUUGCCAUACCACAACGCCUCAAGGCGGUGGCAUUCGAUAUGGCGCUCACUCCGCCGCCAACGCUGCCGGAGAGGUCCCUGCUCGGGCGCCAACACUCCGAAAAAAAGCCACGUUCUCUGCCGCUGGCCCAUGUCCAGGCCCUUCGUAGAGCUUCGGAUGCUGGUGCGGUGCCUGGAGUGGAUUUACUGCACGACGACUGGUAUGGCCUGGCCCCACUGGCCAGUCCCGAAACGCUGUCCGAGAUCUCGAGCGUCUCCUCGCGAACCAGCGUCCCCAUUAGCCUGGCCAACAGCAUUGAGCGCUAUCUGCAGCACAUGGGCGUGGGCGUUGGCGGUCCGAAGGUGCCACUCGAGGACAUCUUCGAGUCGCAGCUGCAUACGCCCAAGGUUAUGAGGCGGGCGCCCAAGUUCAGCGAGAAUCUAGCGGGCUGUGCAGAGGACACCAGAAAUCUGGAUCAGUACAAACGGCUGGGUCGUGUGUUCAUCACCUUUCCGCGCAUCUUUCCGGAUCAAUCGCCAGCGGCGCAUAGUCUGGACUCCAGCGACGAUAGCUUUGAGUCUGCGUCGGCCCACAGCCUGCAGAGAUUGCAGCUGCCGCACGGUGCCAAUGCGGUGCAGAGUUCCAAGUCCGCCGAUCCGCUGGACGGAGAUCCCGAUGCGAUGAGGCAAACGCAGCCGGCCAAGAAGUUGACAUUCAGCGAUAGCGAUAUCCUGACAGACGCGGACUGUCUGCGACUGUGUCCACACUGUCCCUGCGAUCGGGAUGUCCAGCGUGGCUGCUGCACUCGCUCGGAGCACGGGAAGUGCGGCACAGAGAUUUCCGGCGGUUGUGGUGGUGCCACCAUGGGAUUGGGCUCCACAGAUACUAGUUUCUACAGUGCCAGCUCAUCGCUGGAACAGUUUGCCACACCGGCCCGGCAGAACGGUGGUAGUGGGGCCUCUGGCCCCCACCUGGAGGAGAUACUCAUACGGCCCGGCGUGUUGGAAUCGCACUUUCCCGUUCUCGGCGGUGGCAGCGCGAUAGAGACACCCGCUUUGGUGGCCCCAGCCUCACCAUCGCCGCUCAGCAAUGGCAAACGACCGGAUGUGGUUGGUGGCCGGGUGAGGAAACGGCUCUCGUCCGAGGAGUUUGUCUUCUCCCGGGGCGAGGAUCUGCCUAGCCUAGUACAAAUCGGUGAUAGGAGUACCGGCUCUCCGGCGGGACGACGUCGGGCCAAGGGCUGCGUCUAUCCGGCCGGGAAUAGUCUCCGUUUGGACGCUGCUGCCGCUGUCGCCUCCGCUUCCGCAUCGCCCACGUCCAUUAGUAAAUUUACCCGCACGCGCGUGGCCGCCGGAGGAUUGGCAGCCAAACAGGCUGCCGGCAAUAACGAAAGUAACGUUUAAUAGUUGUAAGUUGCAAGCAGUACCUUCACCUGGACACACAGAUGCGAUUUCAGCCCAAAGUCGACAAUUAUGCCGUUGCCAUUGCUUUCACACAAGCGAUACAUACACAAAACCAGUUGAUUACAAAUUAAAGGAACUCACAAGGAAUCUAACAUUUUGCAUACCGAUUACCUAAGGAACAACAUUUAGCAUUAACACACGAGCGUUUACUAUUAACUAAAUGCAAUAUGUAUAUUUAUAUACAGAUAUAUAAAUAUAUAUUUUUUUGUGCAGCCAAGCCCCAAGCGACGAGAAAUUUUAAUAAAACGU